AUGAAUGUAAAAGCAGUGAACCAAAGUAAUGUCUGUCAGGAAUAUUCAUGUCCAGAGAGAUCUGUUUCUUUAUCUGUCUAUGUGAUUCUGUAUGUGGCCGCAGCAACUGUGUCUCUGCUGACCGUGUGUGGAAACCUGCUGGUCAUCAUCUCUGUUAGUCACUUCAAUCAGCUCCACACACCUGCUAACAUCCUUAUCCUCUCUUUGGCUGUGUCCGAUCUCUUGGUUGGAGUUUUUGUGAUGCCUCUUUUUUUGUCUCGGCUCAUUGAGUCAUGUUGGACUUCUGGACCAAUGAUGUGUUUAUUUUUCAAUUUUGUGACUUUUCAAGCAACAAGUGUGUCUGUUCACACUGUGGCUCUGAUAGCAGUUGAUCGUUUUUUGGCUUUAAGUUCUCCUUUUCUUUACUCAGAGAAAAUCUCACUUACUGUGAUCUGCAUAGUGACUUUAUUUAACUGGUUGUUUUCACUCAUUUAUAACUUCACUCUUCUGUUUGUUAAUGGAAACUUCACUAAUCUCAUGUGUCCAGGAAAAUGUUUUUAUUUUAUAGAUGGAGUUUCAUCUCUCAUUGAUCUUCUGAUUGUGCUUCUUAUGCCAUGUACACUCAUUAUAAUAUUAUACACUCAUGUUUUUGUCAUUGUUAAAAGACAUGUGACUGCUAUAAGAGCCCUUCAGGUUCACAACAGCACAGGAGCCUCCAAAAACAGAGUCAGUGACAAAUCAGAGCGAAAAGCUGCGAUACUGCUGGGGAUUCUGGUCAUUGUGUUUCUUCUGUGUUUACUGCCACAUUAUAUUUGUUCUUUAGUGAUUCCAUACAGUAAUGUUGACUUGUUUUAUCUCAGAGAUGUUGCUGUAAUAUUUUUCUUCCUGAACUCCACUAUUAAUCCCAUCAUUUAUGCUUUAUUCUAUUCCUGGUUUCAGAAAAGCUUAAAAUUAAUUUUCACAUUUAAAGUUUUUAAUAAAGACUCAUCCCUGACAAAUGUGCUGUAACUCAUUGAAUGUAAGAUACAAUGCUUCCUCUAUAUUUUUCCAGUUGUUUCUUUUUUUUUAUUGUCUAGGUUAAUAUACAUAAUUUUUUUCACAUUAAACAU